ACGUUGUUAGUCAGUUAUUGGUGUAGUUUUAGUCAGUUAGAUUGUGUUUGUGUCGGUGCCAGAUUUAGUCCGGUGAGAACGCGCUCGCAGCGGCGCACGAAUCUCGUAGUGAAAACCAAAAGCAGUCGUCGAAGCAGUCGUCGCAGCGGUAGCAAAAGCAUCACAUCACAUCCAUCUCUCCUCUCCCAAAACCAAAUCCAACACCACACACACUUCAACCGAAGAGAGAGACACGCGCGCGCGCUUCCCAAGUUUUCUUAGUUUCUUUCGCAUUCGCACUUUACGCGCAAACAUUUACAAAAAUAAGCAAGAAAUAGAUCACCAACAGAGUUUGGUUUUUCCAUUAUUUCGAUGUUACGAAACGAACGAAAUGAAUUGUUGUUAAAUUUGUGAUUUGAGUGUGUCAAAUUUCAUCGAUUUUCUUUUGGUUUUCUUUUCGAUGAUGAUGAUGAAGAUGUGGUCAAGAUGCGUUGUGCUAUGUUUGCUGAGUGCACUUCUUCUAUUUCUUCUGCAAUCAGUCGAAGGUUUCAAUUUGGAAACCGCGAAUCACGUGCGGCACAACGGGCCUUCCUCUUCGAUGUUCGGAUUUACUGUUGCGACUUACAAGGAAAGAGGAAAUAGCUGGGUCCUCGUCGGAGCUCCGGAGGCUCAAAACGAUUAUCAACCGACCGUGAGGAGAGGAGGAGCCGUGUACAGAUGCACCAUCGGCGAAGAUGACAACUGCCAGAUGGUGCCGUUCGACAGAAAAG